UUCCUUUUUCCAAAUAAUAAUAAUAAUAAUCAAUUUCAUCAUCACCACAAAUUGUUUUCUCCCUAUAAAAAUAAUUACGUAAAAAUAUUAUAUAUAAUAUUCAAAACGAAAAAAAGAAAAAAAUGAAAAAGGAAGUAAAAAAUGUCAUCUUGAAAUUUGGGAAAGAGAGAGGCAACAGAUGGAUCUAGUCUGUGUGUGACGAGCAAUCAAUAAAAUCCGUUCAAAUUCACUUGACCUUUUCGUUUCUGGUGAAUCCUGACACCCUUUCAGACCUUCUUAUCGCUUUCUGGGAAUGGAGGAUGUGAAAGUUGGUGAACAGUUGCCUCCAGAAUCCUCUUCAUCCUCCCACCAUGACAUUAAUUCUAUCAAAGAAGAUCCUGUCACAGAUGGGAAAGCCAAAACGGAUGGUCAGUUGUUAGUGAUGGAAAAUUCCAGAUUGGCAACCGCACAAGAUGCUUCUGAUGGUCUCUCUGUUGGAGAAAGUCAACAACUUCUUUCAACAGAUGGUCCAGCUUCUAGCUCAACAACAAUUGAAAAUAAUAUAUCCGGGACUCCACGUGCAUCUGAUAGCCCAUCUCAAAAACAAAAUCAACUUUUUUCAUCUGAUGCUCAAGAUUUAGCUAUCCCAACAACAAUCAAUCAAUCAGAGACACAUAAUCAGGAUAUUCUGAUGGAAGAUUCAAAAACUGGAGUUGUACAGAAUAGCUCUGAUGGUCAGCAUUCUCCAGAUGGUGGUCCUCACAUUGAUGAUGUGAAUUCACCUUCUAUUUCCUCUCCUGUGGUAAGACAUUCUAAAUUUGAUGAUCAUGUAGUACAAUCCAAUGAUCUUGCUCUUCCUGCCACAAAGAUUGCUGGAGUUGCUGUUGGAAGACAAGAAGCUGUUGAUUCUCCUAGACAGCUUCUUGGAAAACAAGAAUCUAUUGAUUCUCCCAGACAGCUUCUUGGAAAACAAGAAUCUGUUGGUUCUCCUAGACUGGUUGAUUCUCCUAGACAGCACAUAGUUGAUACAACAGCACCAUUUGAGUCUGUUAAAGAAGCUGUUUCCAAGUUUGGAGGCAUUGUUGAUUGGAAAGCCCAUAAAAUCCAGACUGUGGAGAGACGCAAGCUUGUGGAACAAGAACUUGAGAAAGCACAGGAGGAGAUGCCCGAGUACAGGAGAAAGUCAGAAACUGCUGAAGAUUCAAAAAUGCAAGUACUGAAAGAGUUGGACAGCACUAAGAGGCUCAUUGAAGAAUUGAAGCUCAAUCUUGAGAGGGCACAAACAGAAGAGCAUCAGGCAAAACAAGACUCAGAACUUGCUAAGCUCAGGGUAGAAGAGAUGGAGCAAGGGAUUGCUGAUGAGUCUAGUGUUGCAGCCAAGGCACAACUUGAGGUUGCUAAGGCCAGACAUACAGCUGCAGUCUCAGAGCUGAAAUCCGUUAAAGAGGAGUUGGACGCACUACGUAAGGAAUAUGCUUCUUUGGAGACCGAUAGAGAUGUUGCUGCAAAGAAAGCUUCAGAGGCCAUCGCCGCUGCCAAGGAAGUUGAGAAAACAGUGGAAGAUCUGACCAUUGAGCUGAUUGUCACAAAGGAGUCUUUGGAGUCUGCCCAUGCUGCACACUUGGAAGCAGAGGAACAAAGAAUUGGAGCAGCAAUGGCAAGGGAGCAAGAUUUUCUUAAUUGGGAGAAGGAACUAAAACAAGCAGAAGAGGAGCUCCAGAAUCUCAACCGACAAAUUCUUUCGGCUAAGGAUCUCAAAUCAAAGCUGGACACUGCCUCAGCCUUGCUAGUUGAUCUCAAAGCUGAAUUAGCUGCUUACAUGGAAACGAAGUUGAAAGAGGAAAGUGGGGAAGAAGGACACUCAAAAGGUGACCUAGAGGAACCAGGGAAGAAAACCCAUACUGACAUACAAGCAGCAGUUGCUUCAGCAAAGAAAGAGCUCGAGGAAGUGAACCUCAACAUUGAGAAAGCAACUGCCGAAGUAAAUUGCUUAAAGGUGGCUGCCACAUCAUUAAAAUCAGAACUUGAAAGUGAGAAAUCAGCUCUUGCCGCCAUCAGGCAGAGAGAAGGAAUGGCAUCCGUGGCGGUUGCAUCUCUUGAAGCUGAACUUGAGAGGACUAGGUCAGAAAUAGCUGUAGUACAAAUGAAGGAGAAAGAAGCCAGAGAGAAGAUGGUUGAAUUACCCAGCCAAUUACAAGAAGCUGCACAGGAGGCUGACCAAGCUAAGUCAGCAGCUCAAAUGGCCCGUGAAGAGUUGCGCAAAGUAACAGAAGAAGCGGAGCAGGCGAAGGCUGGAGCAAGUACCAUUGAGAGUAGAUUACUUGCAGCACAAAAGGAAAUAGAGGCUGCCAAGGCUUCAGAAAAGUUGGCAUUAGCAGCCAUUAAGGCUUUACAAGAGAGUGAAUCAACAAAGCCUACUGAAGAUGUGGAUUCACCCACUACUGGGGUUACACUGUCUUUGGAGGAGUAUUAUGAGCUCAGCAAACGAUCUCACGAGGCAGAGGAGAAGGCCAACAUAAGGGUUGCGGCUGCAAAUUCCCAGAUCGAGAUAGCAAAAGAAUCCGAAUUGAAAAGCUUAGAGAAGUUGGAAGAAGUUAAUCAGGAGAUGGCUGCAAGAAAAGAAGCGCUAAGAAGUGCAAUGGAAAAAGCUGAGAAGGCCAAGGAAGGUAAGUUGGGAGUAGAACAGGAGUUGAGGAAAUGGAGGGCAGAACACGAGCAAAAAAGAAAGGCUGGUGGUGAAUCUGGUCAAGGUGCUGCUGUAAACACAAUCAAGAGCCCAAGGUCCAGUGUUGAGGGGAGGAACGAAGCUAUGAAAGUUGACCACCAAGCUCCUGCUCCUACUGCUGCUGUUCCUGCUCAGUAUGUUUCAAGCCCGAAAGCUUACGUGCUUGCAAAUAACACUGAAACUGAUUCAUCCCCAGAAGUAAAGUCUGGAAAGAAAAAGAAGAAAUCAUUGUUCCCACGGUUUUUUAUGUUUUUGGCGAGAAAAAAAUCACAUCCGGCUAAGUAAAUGUAAACCCCGUUGGAACAAGUACGUGUCCUUGCGGUUGGUGAUUUAAGCUGUUUGUUUUUUUUUCCCCGGCAGUUUCUGUGGCAGUGACUGUAAAUGCUGGAUAUGACCUGACAGAAAUUUACUUGAUUGUACAUGUCCUUGAUUGUUUGAUGUAUACUAAGUUGAUUGAAUUAUAAAAUUUUCUCACUAAAAAGGGAUUAUCAUGUUA